UUCAGUGUUCAGCCAAUAGGAACAGCUUUUGCAUUCAGGAAGUAGCAGACACACAGUAGCAGUGUGAUCUGCGUGUGUCCUACAGUACAUUUAGGCUGUGACCUGAAUUUGUACCCCUGCAUCAGUCUAGAAUUACAUCUAUCUGAAGUGAAAUGUUGCCUAUACUGUGGGCUGCCGCAAGGACCUAUGCUCCAUAUAUCACCCUUCCCGUGGCGGUUGUGGUGGGCGCUGUGGGAUACCACCUGGAGAAGUUAAUCCGUGGAACCCCACAACAGACUGUGGAAGAGCAGAGCAUUCUAGAAAAGAGAGAAGAAAGAGUUUUACAAGAGGCAGCAGGUUGUGACCCUACCCAAGUCAUCAGUUUGAAGGAAAGGUUGGAAUUUAAACCUAAAGCUGUUCUUUAUGGCAACAGACAGGAGAAAAACUAAGGAUACACAACUCGCUCUUGUUCCUAAGUAUAGGAUCCAAUCAAAAGUAUCAAUGCUGGAAAAACACUGAGAAAGUACUGUUAGACCAUCAUACAGGAGAGCACGUGGUACACAUUAAUAAUGCUGGAAACAUGUUAUUUUCCAGCAGUUCAAAGCUAAAUCUCCAUUAUUCACUAGACUAUAACAUGACUUGUAUUACAUAUACUAUAACUGUACAUGAAGUGUUGGGUGGUCUUCUGUUCUUUUGCAUUCAGCAUUUUAAUUGCUUGAAUAAUAAGUUCACAAAUGUAAUUUUAAAAUAACAAAUCCACGUGUUAUGAUUUGUUGUGUAACCUACUGGGCUUUUUAUGAGCAUAUAUCCAGUGGGUUGGUGUAUUUAUUUUCUUCUGAAUAAAUCUGAAUUGUAAGACAUAACCAAAA